AUAAUAUAUAUAUUUGGCCAAAGUUACUCUUCAUGAAUCUACUUUUACUUAUGUUACGUCUCGUAAAUUUGAUAAUCGGAAAUUGAUAGCAAGUUGUCAGAUAGAUCUUUUGUUUUUACCUCAUUUGAAACAGUAACACUUUGCGACACUUUGAAAAAUUGCAGUGCCCCGAUUCACAAGAAGCUGCAUAUUUUUUCUUUUUAUCAAAUUGACGUUUUUCUUCUGACGUUAUUUGGAAUAAUAGAAGUAAGAGUACAUGUCAAAGUGCAUCAAACGAUUGUUCGUGAUGACAAGUAGAGAAAAGCAACGGCAAUUAGAAUUGGCAGUGAAUUCCAAUUUGAUGGUCAAGAAUAUUCGUGCAACCAGACCUUAGUGCGGAAAUGUUCAAGUCUUUUUUGAAAACUAAGUGCGAGGACAUUAGAUGUCAGUUUACGAGGUUAAAACGUCAACGAUGGCGUCAUCCCAUUCAACGAGAGAACCAUAUAUAUACAGUACAAUGAAUACGCAGGUUUUACAAACAUGGCUGCAAACAAUGAGACGACUACAAACCAAGAUUUUGAAGAUAUGAAGAAUCUUGCUAUUGAGCAACAACAGUGUUUCUAUGAGCUUUUUUGUGAUUGCUUGACAUAUGAAUCUAACGAACACAAAUACUUGAAACAAAAUAUUGGAUAUGCACUUUAUGGCCCACCAAAUACUGAUGAGAAUGCAACAAAUAGUAAUGUUUCUUGCAAUACAGAAAAUCAAAGUGAAGAUGCAGAUAUAACUGAUGCAAUAGUUUAUAAAGAUACAACUCUUAUAAAUAAGAUAUAUGAAAAGAUACAUGAAUAUACAACAAAAGUCGAUCCUGAUAAACCCAUUUAUUCUGCUAUAAUUUACAAUAUAGUAGUGUGUCCUAAGAAAGAAGAAGAUGCAAAAUUUGUAGUAAUACCCAUUCCUAUUUUUAAAAUUUGGAGGUAUAAGAAAACUGAUACUACAUUAUUUUGGAGUAAGAAAACUGAUACUACAAAGAAAGAAGAAACAACAACAAAUUUAAUAAAAACAGAUGAAUACGAGAUAUGGUAUAUUGAUACAUCUGGCAGAGUAUAUAAAGAUUGGACAGAUUACCAGACAAAUAAUAAUCUCUUCAAAUGCACAAUGGUUCUUCCAAAAGAUGGUUUAUAUCAAGCAGAUCCGUCCUGUCCGAUUACAGAGGACUAUUCAACAGUGUGGCUUGAAAUUAUGGAGUCGCCUGCGUGCUCACUGGGAGCACAGAUUCGUAGUGGAGUAGAUAUUGCCUCUACUAUCACUGGAACUGGGGCAUUUGCAAUAGGUGCUGCAACAUUGGUUACACCUAUAGCACCAGUUGUUGCUACUGCAGGUGUUAUCGCUACCGGAGUAACUGCUAUAUGGGCAAUGGCACGAGGCACUGGGCAACUAAUAGAUCGAAGUGUCCACGAAGAAUCCAUUAAUCCUCUGGAUCGAGAAGCAUUUCCACAGUGGCUUACAAUCACUGGUUCAAUGUUUGGCUUAGGCGUAAUGGGAGGAACAGCGGCUAUUUCUGCCGCUGUUUCACGCGGUAUGACGGUAAACACUGCCGCAAGACUAGCAUUCAAUACCGUGCAAGGUGGCAACUUAUUCUUGAAUGGCGUCGGUAUUAUAUAUCAGGGUUAUUGCAUGGUAGAUAGAUAUAGGACAGAUGAGACAGUUAGUUUUCUCGAUGCAGUAAGCUUGGCGACGCACCUUAUGUUCUUUACCGGUGCUGUAAUAAAUAUUCAGUUCGCCGGAGAUGUCAUUGAAAACAAUCAAAGCAGAAUCAUUAAUGACUACAGGGAAACCAUGCGCACUAAGCGUCUCCGUAAACAAUUUAAUCGCGUCAAACGACGGGCUGCCGCGAAUAAUUCAUGCCCAAUGACCGAAAAAGCCGAAGUGAUACGCUACAUAAAGCAUCGUAAUCAGCUAAUUUCUAAAACUUCUGCUGCUCCUGCCACUUCUGCCACUCCUGACACUUCUGCCACUUCUGCCACUUCUGCCACUCCUGGCACUUCUGACUUUAAUAGAGCGACAGACAAUACUAACUCCCAGAUGAUCACAUGGGCAAUUAAAAAGGGCAUGUUAGUAAUUAAUGGCAUUACACUCUUGGAUGCUCAACUCUUUGUUGUUGAACUUAUACGGUCAGGUAGAUCUAUUAUUAAUUCUAAUCAAAGCAACAUGCCGAACUCGCAAAAUGAAGAUGAAGACGAUUUCCGUACUACACAACUGUGGAGUAUAUUAGAUAAUUUAUUAGAAAACUUCUUUAAGAUAACUAAAAACCCCAGACGCAACGUAGAUACGGCUGAAUUUAUUCCAUUGCUCAGAGAAAUGGAUUCGUUAAAUAUAAACGAAAACCUUCUGGAAAAACUGUUUAACAUCGCUGUUAGAUUAAUACAACAUUCCCGAGCUCCAGACGAAUUUCUAUUCAAAGUGUUUAAGUUUGUCUGGUUGUAUUGUACGGGAAAUUUUAAACAGUGGGGUAUAAAUACGUGUCUUCGUAUGCAGAGCAUUGCUGGUGCUAAAAUUUUGCACAUGAUUAUCACAGCACUUUUUGAAGCUGUAGAUUUCGAUAAUCUUUAUACAGCCUGCGAAAUGUAUCUGACAUCUCUCAGAUUCAUUACUAAUUAAA